CAUUUUUAUUUUUGCUUUGUUUAGGCUCAGAGAGUGUUUUCGAGUGUGAACCACGUAAAUGACAUUGGUUAUCAGAGAGAGGAGACACAAGCAAGCUCUCAGGCUUUCAUUACCAAAAUCUCCUUCAAUCCCAUCAUCAAAUUCAGAUUCCCCUCACCAAAUUCAUGUACACUCUCCUCCAGGCAUUAUUAAGGAUCUUUCGCAUCUUGAAAAGCGAGAAGUUCUUGGUCAUGGUAAUGGUGGCACAGUUUACAAGGUUUAUCACAAAAAAACCAGCUCUUUUUAUGCCUUGAAAGUGCUACGUUUGAAUGAGAAUGGCUUUGGCAUUCGCCAAACCGCUAAACUGGAGGCUGACAUUCUAAAACGAGUGGAUUCACCGUAUAUAGUAAAGUGUCAUGCAGUUUUUGACAGUUGUAACAGCAAUAAUGAUGGAGACAACGGAGGUGACAUUAGCUUUGUUAUGGAAUACAUGGAAGGAGGGUCGUUGAAUGAUGUAUUGAGAAUACAUCAUAGACUGUCAGAAAAGGUUAUCUCGGUGUUGGGUAGGCGUGUUUUGGAAGGACUUAGGUAUUUACAUGGCAUGAACAUUGUGCACAGAGAUAUUAAACCAUCAAACUUACUUGUGAACGAUAAAGGGGAGGUAAAGAUUGCAGAUUUUGGAGUGAGUCAUGUGGUGGAAGGUAGGUUUGAAGGAAAUGAGUACGAUGCAGGCACUUGUGCUUAUAUGAGUCCAGAAAGGAUUGAUCCAGAAAGAUGGGGUGGUGAAAAUGUAGAUGAGUUUGCAGGAGAUGUGUGGUCAAUGGGAGUAGUAAUGUUGGAAUGUCUUUUGGGUUAUUUUCCAUUGAUUGGAGCAGGGCAGAGACCAGAUUGGGCAACUUUGAUGUGUGCAAUUUGCUUUGCUGAGAAGCUGGAGAUGCCAGAAAAAGCAUCACCAGAGUUUCAAAAUUUUGUGAGGAGGUGUCUUGAGAAGAAUUGGAGGAAGAGAGCAACAGUGUUAGAACUUCUGCAUCACCCUUUUGUCAGUUAAAAAAUUCGUUGCU